UAUUCAGGCAACCCUGCCUCUUACUGUCAAUGUCAGCCCAGCCUGUGUUGAUGGGCGACAUAAAAAAGUGACUAACUUAUUAUUUAAAUAAAAAAUGAUUAGUACAAUAACAACGUAAACAAUGUCGAUGGACGAAAACGAAUUCUUCAAGCAGACCGUGCAACAUCUGGCCCGCUGUCUGUCCAACAUACAGCCGACACCAUGGGAAAAAGUAAAUACCCUGUUCAUGCUAUGCCCGCAAGCCAGCUCAACACUCGUAGUAACGACCCGCAGCAUGGAGGCCUGCAUAGCCCUAGGGCUGUACUACUUGCAGAGUGGAAUGCAGCACCAAGAUAAGCUGCAUCCGUACUUCCUGAAGGUGCUGAAGUGCCUCACUACCGCUCAGUUUGAGGAGCCGGUGUGCCGGAUAAAGAGUGGUGACCGUAUCCCGAUGUCAGAGAAGUUCAGCUUCUGCUUGAACACGCUCCUAUCGGACGUAGCCACGAAACAGCCGUCGCUGCGCGAGGAGAUCAUCACGGCGCAGAUCGAGCUGAUGGCGAGCCUGACGCAGGUCAUCCUGGACUGCCAUCAGACCAGGGACUAUAGCGGCUCGGUGUCCAAACUGCAGCUGUGCAAGGGGACCAUACCUGUGCUUAUAGGUCUCGCGAGGUCCAUGGGCCGCUUUGCCACCAUCGAUCCCCCUCUCCUCUGCCGCCUGUUCCCCCAACCGCCCAGCCCAGUCAAAAACAAGGAGCCCGAACCCAACUUCGAAUACUCUACCCUAGACAAAAAGAGGAGAUUCAACCAAUUCCGGCCGAUCAUACCCAGAUCUCUAUCAGGAAAUUUAAAUCCAGUAGAACAUAUCAUGGAAAACGGGAACGAUACUGUAGAUGGCGCUUUAAAAAGGGGAUCUCUUAACAGCUACCAUUCUGUCCCCUACGACCCCACAACAUACUUCUUCCACAAAUUCGGGUCUAGUUUCAACCAGUUCCCGUACAUGAGGUUCUCCGAGUCCCCAGAGAGGAGAAUAAAUGUGCAGUUCUAUGUGAGAUACCUGCAGAACAUUCUGUCGUAUGCGAAGAAGUUGUUGACCAAGGAUUUGCUGGCGUUUUUGGAUGAAGAGGCGGAUGAUAUAUACGCGGCUGGGCAAAUACAGGUGUUCCCGUACAAAUCGUUCUCCGAGACGCUGAACCUAGUGAUGGUGACAUUGCUGAGAGAGAUACUUCAGCACCAGAAAGAUCUACCCGGACCUUUCACCAAAGACGUGCAAGAAUUCGUAAAAUGCCUGUUCCUAAGCGGGCAAACAGAGCUGCAGUCGCGCCACCACGACGCCUCCGAGAAGGAAGACAGAGAGAGCAACUUCGCCACCGUCAACAAGUUCAAGGUCAACGUCAUGGCGAACUCCGCGUGCGUCGAUCUACUGGUGUGGGCCAUUGGAGAUGAGACAGUGGAUGAGGAGUGUGGGGUGCCGGCUCUUAUAAACGCUCUAACCAUAUUAAUAGGUGCCGAUUCCUUGUGUGGCCGUCUCACUGAGAAGAUCAACUCGAAUCACAAUCAUAAAUUGAUACUGGCGCAUAUGCCUCUCCUCAUGGUCUGUCUUGAAGGACUUGGUAAACUCGCAACAAAAUUCCCCACGAUAGCGAACACCUCGAUAUACUGCCUGAGGGACUUCCUCGUCACCCCCUCGCCGAUAUUAUUCAAACUGCACAAGUUAGAGCUAGAAAAGACGGGAAAGGAACAUAUGAAAGUUACAUUACAAGGUAAAGAGCUGCAAGGCAUGACGGAGAACGGGGUUCCGGUCAAAUCUACGCCUUUCGAGAAGCUUCGGGACGCGGCCAUAGAGAAUCUUUGCGUGGCCUUAGAGGCGGCGCUCACUGUGGACCCCUUCUGUGUGCCUGCGCUUGUGGGUUCCGUUAGUAACAGGCUCUUCACUGCUGAAACUAGUGACAGUGAAUCAUCAUUGAUAAGCACCAACAUCGUGAUAAUGUUGGGCCACGUAGCAGUGGCCUUGAAAGACACGCCGAAGACUACGGACACGGUUCUUCAGUUCUUCCAACAGAGAUUAUGCCGCGCUCCGUCAUCGCUAGACACGCUGAUAGUGGACCAGCUGGGCUGCAUGGCGCUGGCCAGCCCCGCGGGCCCGGCGCACGACGAGAUCAUGCGCAUGUUCACCGUCAUCACCGUGGAGGCUGCCUCCGCCGCCUACCACCACACCGACGACCGCAAGCAGUACAGACACGUCUCCGGCGCCGUUCUCAACGCUCUAGCGAACAUCGCGGCGAACGUUCGCGGCACGAGCGCCCGUCUCGAACUACUUACUCGUCUACUCGAACUGUUCGUGCAGCUGGGAUUGGGCGGCGAGCGCGCUACGGACCGAUCGCCUGCACCCGUGCUCAAGAGCUCAGGCAGCGCGGGGAACCUUGGUGUGCUCAUACCCGUCAUAGCGGUAUUAGUGAAGAGACUGCCCCCGAUAAAGAACCCGAAGCCCCGGCUACACAAGCUCUUCCGCGACUACUGGCUCUACUGCGUAGUCAUGGGGUUCACCGCGGCAGAAUCACGGUUGUGGCCGCAAGAAUGGUACGCCGGCGUAAAAGAGAUAGCAGUAAAAUCUCCCUACUUGGUCUCGCAAACUUCACUCCGUUCCGACCUGCGCGAACUUCAGUACACUUCAGCUGUCAGAAACGAUUCCGUGUCAGUGACGGAGCUUCAGGAGUUGAAGACGCAGAUCUUGAACCUUUUGGAUCAUCCUCAAGAUGUAUCGGUGAUAGUUGGGAAGCUUACUUUCGCGCCGUGCAUGUAUUUGCUCAGUGUGUACUGGCUUGAAACUUUGAGGGUCACCAACUCUCCGGAACCCAGUCUACAGCCGAUCAUAGAGUACCUGAGCGACACAGCCCUACAGAAGGACAAGAGUAUGAUGUGGCAAUGCGUCGCCAGUGUCGGCGACAAAGUAUUCCUCAAAUUCCUGGACGUGAUGUCAGAGAAGGUGAAGGAUGAGUCUCGAGAGCGCGAGCUCGAGAGUCACGCUCAGUUCCUAUUGGUCAAUUUCAACCACAUACAUAAGCAGAUACGGCGAGUGGCCGACAAGUGGCUGGCUGGACUAGUGGAUCGGUUUCCUCAUCUGCUGUGGAACUGUAGGGUCCUCUGGUCCAUGUUGGACAUCCUGCAAGUCCUGAGCUACAGCUUGGAGUUAGACCCCAAUGAGGAGACGCCUCUGCUCAAAGUGCCCGGCACUGACUUCACUCUUCAACUACAGGAUACCUUGGAAGGUAGAGAGGGGAUAGUGAAAGAUUUCGCCGAUCGCUGUCACGGGAUAGUUCAGGAGGCCAUGAAAUGGGCGCCGCAGUCCACACGCUCGCAUCUGCAGGAGUACCUGAAUCAGGUCCCCAACUCAACGCUCUGGCACCACGUAGGGCUGGCGCUCGCGACUGGGGCACUUCUAGGCGCGGCGGGACUCAACCGCGCAUCGGCCCCUCUAUCCCGUGCCGCUCUAGAGAAGCGUCCCUCCUGUGUUACGCAGGAUUCAGCGGCAUUGCUAGCUGUAGUGUCACAGAGGAGUCGAUACGCCGGUGAAGUGGCCGGCGCAGUGGCAGCGGAAGGCGGCGGCGAAGCUGCCUUAUGGCGCGUGGGCGCUCGCCUCCAUACCGCACUAAAAGACGCCUGUACCAGCGAGAGCGAGACGGCGCAUCGUGCGGCAUUGUGGCGUGCUACAGCGCUGCUAGUACAUGCGCGACAUCACGCCACGCAGGAUGGGACGGCACGCGCGCUGUUACAUUCAGUGGCAUGGUCCCAAGUGGACAUAUUCACCGAAGACGCUGUGACCUCCGCCGUGGAGUGCUGGCAGUGGCUGACCACGGCGCGGCCGGAGCUGGAGCUGAGACUACUGCAGGAAAUGUUCGCCGCGUGGCAGUGCACCGUCGACCGCCGAAUGGGACUGUUCUCACCGCAAACUGAGGAGACCAGCCCGCUAGCCGCCUAUGAGGGGUCCAAACUAGAACCUCGACCACCGUUCGUGGCACCGCACGCAGUAUGGGUGCGGUACUUCUGCGAGCUGGCUGAGACGGCCAAGUACAAUAGUCACGAGAAGGUCGAGAUGCUGGCCAGCAUGCUCCAUAGAUCUUUACCAUUGGCCGUUGGAGAUGUUCGGGACAAUAUAAACAGGCACGUGGAAGCCGUUGGUGUCAGAUUCAAACUAUUAUCCUGCGGCCUAUCUCUCCUACAAGGCGACAUUCUACCCCGUUCUCUCGCCCGUAACAUUCUCAGAGAGCGCGUAUACAGUGCUUGCUUAGAUUACUUCUGUCGAGGCCUGCAGUGUCCCAGCAAAACGUCCUGUGCUUUAAGAGAGGACAUCAUAUCGCUCAUCAAGUUCUGGCAGUUGAUGCAUUCCGAUAAGAAGUAUUUGAAAAGCAGUGAUAUUGGUGAUUUCGACCAACUGGGCCCCAGCAGUCAACAGAGUAUCUACACGUCGAACUCCCCUACUGACGCGCGCUCGUCGGUCAACAGUAGCGACAUGGGCAACCGGCAGACCACCGGCUGGAUCAACACGGUACCGAUGUCAACGACGACGCUCAGCAGCGGAGCCGGCAGUAUCGCCGGCAAGCGGUCGAAUAGAAGCGUGAAGCCACCGGCCAAGUCUCAGGACACAUUCGUGAAGGAUUACGUUAGGAAGAGGAACCUUAUUCUGGAGCUUAUGGCCGUAGAGAUAGAGUUCCUAGUGACGUGGCACAACCCGCACGGGCGGCCGGAGCAGGCCAUCCCCGGCGAGGACAACAUCGCCACGUGGCGCUCCAAGCCGAACACCGAGCGCACGUGGCGCGACUACGCCAAGCUGGCGUGGGACAUCAGCCCCACGCUGGCCGUGUUCCUGCCGGAGAGGUUCAAUAACGAGGGUAUUAUCGCCGAAAUGCGUCGCAAAGUGCAGGCCCAGCCGACCGCUGUGUGCCACAUCCCCCAAGCCCUCAAAUAUCUGGUCACAACGGAGACUCUACUCAACGACGCGCAUGAGUUAGUCCACAUGGUGACAUGGGCCCGCGUGACGCCGGUGGAAGCGCUGUCGUACUUCAGCCGGCAGUACCCGCCGCACCCGCUGUCCGCGCAGGCCGCCGUGUCCGCCCUCACGUCCUACCCGUCCUCCGCCGUGCUGCUGUACAUCCCGCAGCUGGUGCAGGCGCUGCGCCACGACACGGUACGUGUCGAGACAUGUCACAGCCGGCAGUACCCGCCGCACCCGCUGUCCGCGCAGGCCGCCGUGUCCGCCCUUACGUCCUACCCGUCCUCCGCCGUGCUGCUGUACAUCCCGCAGCUGGUGCAGGCGCUGCGCCACGACACGGUACGUGUCGAGACAUGUCACAGCCGGCAGUACCCGCCGCACCCGCUGUCCGCGCAGGCCGCCGUGUCCGCCCUUACGUCCUACCCGUCCUCCGCCGUGCUGCUGUACAUCCCGCAGCUGGUGCAGGCGCUGCGCCACGACACGAUGGGCUACGUGUCUGAGCUGAUAAAGUCCCUCGCGCGCAAGUCGCAGGUGGUGGCCCAUCAGCUCAUAUGGAACAUGCAUACCAACAUGUACACCGAUGAAGAAAUGCAUAACAAAGACCCUGUUCUUUACGACACACUGGAAGCGUUGACAAAGAACAUAGUGGACACACUCUCGGGGCCAGCCAAAGCGUUCUACGAACGAGAAUUCGACUUCUUCGGGCAGAUCACGAACAUCUCCGGAAUCAUCAGACCGUACCCGAAGGGGGCAGAGAGAAAGCGGGCGUGCCUUGAGGCCUUGAAGAAUAUUAAGGUCCAACCGGGAUGUUACUUGCCGUCCAAUCCAGACUCGAUGGUACUAGACAUCGACUAUAAGAGCGGCACACCGAUGCAGAGCGCUGCAAAGGCGCCAUACCUCGCACGGUUCCGUGUCCGCAAGUACGGUAUUGCCGAGAUGGAGGCGGUCGCCAUGGCCGUCGCGGCCGGCGAGGACCCACCUGCUGAGGAUGGCAAAGACCGCUUCACCUCCAUGGUGGCGGAAACGUGGCAGGCGGCCAUCUUCAAAGUCGGUGAUGACGUGAGACAGGACAUGUUGGCGCUGCAAGUGAUCUCGCUGUUCAAGAACGUGUUCCAACAAGUUGGGCUCGAUCUGUAUCUGUUCCCGUACAAGGUGGUGGCUACGGCGCCAGGGUGUGGUGUGAUAGAGUGCGUGCCCAACGCAAAGUCAAGAGAUCAACUCGGCAGGCAGACGGACAUCGGGAUGUACGAGUACUUUAUUAAGAAGUAUGGCGACGAGACCACGAGAGAAUUCCAGGCGGCCAGGAGGUGUUUCGUGACGUCAAUGGCGGCGUACAGCGUCAUCGGCUUCCUGCUGCAGAUCAAGGAUCGUCACAACGGCAACAUCAUGCUGGAUACAGACGGACAUAUCAUACAUAUAGAUUUCGGGUUCAUGUUUGAGUCAUCGCCGGGCGGCAACUUGGGCUUCGAGCCCGACAUCAAGCUGACGGACGAGAUGGUGAUGGUGAUGGGCGGCAAGAUGGAGGCGCCGCCGUUCCGCUGGUUCUGCGAGCUGUGCGUGCAGGCCUUCCUCGCCGUGCGACCAUACCAAGAAGCCAUAAUAUCCAUGGUGUCCCUCAUGCUGGACACCGGGCUGCCCUGCUUCCGCGGGCAGACCAUCCGCCUCCUCCGCUCCCGCUUCGCGCCCAAUUCUACGGAGAAGGAGGCGGCUGCCUUUAUGCUGUCUGUAAUAAGGAACUCCUUCCUCAACUUCAGGACUAGGACGUAUGAUAUGAUACAGUAUUAUCAGAACCAGAUCCCGUAUUAAUAUGUAGAGGUUAGGGAAAAAUUGAGACCGAAGGCCAGAGGACACCGGAUAUGUGCGCUAAAAUGAAGCCACAAUAUCCAUGGUAUUGUGACACUCAUGUGUCACUGGCAAGACAGAGACAAGACGCAUCCUUAUCACGGAAAUACAUCCUGGUGAAGCAAAAAAUAUCCUGGUCACGGCACCAAAUUGUAACACGUAAAUGACAGGAUUGCUUGUUGGACACCGGCCUGCCCUGCUUCGGCGGGCAGACUAUCUUCCUCUUCCAGUCCCGCUUCGCCCAACUCAGAGAAGGAGGCACUCGGAGGCAGCUGCCUUCAUGCUGUCUGUAAUAAAUAACUACUAAUUCGGAAUUUGAUUACAGUUAGAUAUUCGCACUGUGUCGUUUCUUUAGUAAAACAAUGUCGUGCUUGGACUUAACAUAUAACUUGACAUUCAAAAUUAAACCUUGGAGUUCUAGAUAUAAAGUGGCACUCAGGUCCGAGAAAUUGCGGAACUAAAAUCUUGAUAGCAUAAUGUUGGAGCUAAAAUCAUUGAAAUCAAGGUGAUGGUGAAUUAGAGGUUACUUCUACUUAAGAAUGAAAUUCUUAUAAUGAUAUUAUUAUGGUGAUCAGUGUUACUACAACAUUGCAGAAAUACCGAAUUCAAGACGAAGAAGAAUUAUAUAAAUAUAUAAUUAUGAAGAUGUUUUGGUAGAUAUGAUAUUUUUAAUUCCUCGUAGUUCCUUUCCAGUGUAUGUAUAAUUGAUUAUUUUCAACUGCUUAACCAUCCUUGUAAAGGAAGACAAUUAUUUAGAGGUGUGACUGUUCAUUAUCUGUCUCUCUAUCGGAGCAUCGAGAGGCAGACCCACUGUAUCUAACCCCUUAAGUUGCCUUAAACGCCAGGCCGACGACUCACACCUGCCAGCAUUGUAUUCUGAGAGAUUUCUAGAUUAGCUAAAUUAUUUAUUUUCUUAUAAGAUUUAACCAUUUUGAACUAUUGUUUCUGACGUGUCGGUGAAUCAGAUAUUAGAGUAGGAAAUUAGUAUUGUUCUCCUAUUACAGGUUAUUUGCAAUGGGAACUCUCAAUAUGACAAACCAUUUUGAUACCUUUGUCAAAGUCUACCUGUCGUACUAUCUGCAUGUACAUUGUAUACCGUUCUUAUACCUUUUUUUCUAUAUCUGCUAAAUGAAUAAUUUAUUAAGUAGAUAUGUGUUUAGGCUGCGUUUCGACCCAGAGAUGUGCGUGAUGCGUAGUGAGGGAUGUGUUUGUUGAGAACCAAUAGAAUCACUUCAUUUGUUUUUUGCUCGCUCAGUGUGCAGUGAUUCUAUUGGUUCUUAAAAACACAUCCCUCGCUACGCAUCCUCACACGCUGCGUGGAAACGCAUAGAAAGGGUAAAGUAUUAAAAUGUAUUUUGCUAUUUGUAACAGUACGAUAAUUGAUUUAUUUCUGUAUUAAUAAAUAUAAAUGUAUAAUAGGGGCUGUGCUAUUGUUUUGAAAUGAAAUAUAUAAGUAAUUCUAUGUGGUUUAAUGUUACUCUAUUAAUAGUCUGUUAUUAAUGUAAUAUUUUGUGGACAUUCCUGUAAUCACAAUUAUCUUGUUGGAAUAAAGUGUGGUAAAGGUGA